GCGUGCUCCAUGUCUUCGCAGGUGCUUAACUCAAAGUCGGAGAAUGUAAAGAAAAGAAGGAGUUCCCAUUCUCAAGGGUCUUCUUCUCCUUCAGGAUUUGCAUCAUCACCACCAAAACCAAUGAAUGAAAAAGCUUCAUUGAGUGCAUUACAUUCGCGGGGCUAUAGCAUUGGUUCUUUCCAUGAGGAGGACUUAAGGAGAAGCUCAGAAAAUUACUUGAAGGAUUUGAGUGGGAGAAGAAGUGGAAGUGGAAGCGGCAGGGGAAGCAGAAGGGGAAGCAGAAGCGGAAGCGGAAGCGGAAGCAGAAGUGGUAGCGGAAGUGGAAGUGGAAGUGAGGAGGAGCAAUUGAAAAGCAAUGAAUUGGGGCAUGGAUUUUUGGGAUUGAAUACGAAACCUGCAAGCCUUGGUAAAUCCUCAGAAAAUUACUUGAAGGAUUUGAGUGGAAGCAGAAGCGGAAGUGGAAGCAGAAGCGGAAGUGAGGAGGAGCAAUUGAAAAGCAAAGAUCUGGCGCAAGUUUUUUUGGGAUUGAAUACGAAACCUGUAAGCCUCAGUAAGUCCCCAGAAAAUUACUUGAAGGAUUUGAGUGGAAGCAGAAGCGGAAGUGAGGAGGAGCAAUUGAAAAGCAAAGAUCUGGGGCAAGGUUUUUUGGGAUUGAAUACGAAAACUGCAAGCCUCAGUAAAUCCUCAGAAAAUUACUUGAAGGAUUUGAGUGGAAGUGGAAGCAGAAGCGGAAGUGAGGAGGAGCAAUUGAAAGGCAAAGAUCUGGGGCAAGGUUUUUUGGGAUUGAAUACGAAACCUGCAAGUCUUGGUAAAUCCUCAGAAAAUUACUUGAAGGAUUUGAGUGGAAGCAGAAGUGGAAGCGGAGCCAGAAGCGGAAGUGAGGAGGAGCAAUUGAAAAGCAAAGAUCUGGGGCAAGUUUUUUUGGGAUUGAAUACGAAACCUGCAAGCCUCAGUAAAUCCUCAGAAAGUGGAAGCAGAAGUGGAAGCGGAAGAGGAAGCAGAAGCGGAAGUGAGGAGGAGCAAUUGAAAAGCAAAGAAUUGGGGCAAGGUUUUUUGGGAUUGGAUACUAAACCUGCAAGCCUCACUAAAUCCUCAUCAAGGGGAAAAUCGGUUAGAACUAUCAGAGGUAGUAGACUUACCACUCCUGAAAAGGUUGAGAAGAUGCGAGACAUGGGUGAUUUUAUACCUAUGAGAAAAGAUACAAUGCAAAACGGAGGAACCAAUGUGAAAAAUCUCGGCACUGCAACUACUAAGCUCGAUUUUGGCAAUCUCUUGCAGCCAAAGCCAGAAAUUCCAAAACAUGAGAAGAAGCAGAUGCGAGAAUUUCGUGGCAAUGCAGCUGCAGAGUCUGAAGAAGAAGAAGACUUGGAAAGUGAGGCGGAAAACUUUGAAGUAAGCUCGGAUGAUGAAAGCGAAGAUGACGCUCUUGCUGCUGCUGCUGCUGCUACAUGUAGUAACUGUGUGGAUGUUGGAGCAGCAGACUCAGAGGUUGAUAAGAAGGCGGGCGAGUUCAUAGCGAGAUUUAGAGAGCAGAUUAGGCUUCAAAAAGUGGCAUCAAUGGACCGAUCAAGAGCGCAACACAUCUCUGCUAAUUCGUUUAGGUGAUCGUAUAAUUGCAAUGCUUGAUGGAGAGUUAUGGAAAGAUGGAUUUUUCAUCCUGUUCUAGCUCAAAGUAUUAUCUGUUUAUCAAUUUUAUUUACACAUUUGAUGAACAUUUGUUCUCUGUUGUACCAUUUUGGAUGUUUAGAAAGCAUUUCUAAUGGUUUAAUUUUACUACUA